UGUACGUUGCAAGGUAACUAUGCAGAGUGGGGGAGGGGUGAGUGAAGUGUGUGUGUAUGUGUGUGUGGAGGGGGGGAUAUUAUGGGAUGCCUGCCCCCUGAUCUCUUUGUGUGUGUGUGCGCGCGCGCGGGGUGUGUGUAGUGUGCGAGGAAGAGAAAGAGGAGACGGAGAGGAGUCGUGCGCACACGCUGCCCACAAAAAGACACGGAAAUAUAUUUAAAUUGUGUGUGUAUACAUCGUUGGCGCAACACAAAAUUAAAAGAGCCGCCAAGAAGUGUUGACUUGACACACAAACUGAGGCCGGAGUUACUGGUUUUGGAUGAAUCAAGUUACUCAAGACUGGGUCACAACUCUGGAUUAUCCCACAAACUAUUAUUUAGUUGGCUGAACUGUUAGCUAACUAAAUACAAAGUUUUCGGCUGUUCGCUAUGUCUGGAAGCGAGGACGAAAGAGAUGACUACGGAGCCCCGGAGGAGCGGUUAAUGCACGAUGACGAGGAAGAGGAGAUCUCUGAGAAUGAGACUCCGAAGGUAAAGAAGAAGAAGAAGGCCAAGAAGAGCAGAGAGAGCAAAGGCAGCAAGAGGCGGUCGCGCAGAGAGGAGUUAGCCAUCAGCUCCCCAGAGCCCAUGGACAUGGGUGGAGCGGAAGAGGCAGAAGACGGUGGCCCUGCCCAGCGCUCUGACAGUGAGGGCAGCGACUACACUCCAGGACGCAAGAAGAAGAAGAGGGCCAGCACCGGCAAAGAAAAGAAGAGGAGCAGUGCUGGAGCAUCUAAAAAGAAAGAUCCGGAGCCAGAGGAGGAUGAGGACGACGAUGAUGAUGAUAUGUCGGAGCCAAAGUCGUCAUCUCAGCUGCUGGAUGACUGGGGCAUGGAGGACAUCGACCACGUCUUCAGUGAGGAAGACUACCGGUCUCUGACCAACUACAAGGCCUUCAGCCAGUUUGUCAGGCCUCUCAUCGCAGCCAAAAACCCCAAGAUCGCUGUGUCUAAGAUGAUGAUGGUUUUGGGCGCCAAGUGGCGUGAGUUCAGCACCAAUAACCCCCUGAGGGGAGCUGCCGCUGCCAACGCCGCUCUGGCUACCGCCAACGUACCGGCCGCUGUGGACACCAUGGUGGCAGAGGUCGCUCCAGCUGCUCCUGCCCCACCGCCACCAGCAGUGCCACAGCAGGCCGCUGCACCACCACUCCGGAAGGCCAAGACCAAGGAAGGCAAAGGGCCCAAUGCCCGCAAGAAGUCAAAACCUGCUCCGAAGCCACAGGAGAAGAAGAAUAACGCCAAGACAAAGAAAGUGGCUCCUCUCAAAAUCAAAUUGGGAGGCUUCAACAGCAAGAGGAAACGCUCAUCUAGCGAGGAGGACGAGCCUGAUGUAGACAGUGAUUUUGAAGACGGCAGCAUGAACAGUGUCUCCGUCUCAGAGGGAUCAAACAGUCGCAGCAGCCGCAGCAAAAAGAAGCCGUCCAAGAGCAAACCCAAGAAAAAGAAAGAAGCAGAGGAUGGCGACGGCUACGAGACAGACCACCAGGACUACUGUGAGGUUUGCCAGCAGGGUGGAGAGAUCAUCCUGUGCGACACCUGUCCCAGAGCGUACCACAUGGUCUGCCUGGACCCCGACAUGGAAAAGGCCCCUGAGGGCACCUGGAGCUGCCCACACUGUGAGAAGGAGGGCAUCCAGUGGGAAGCCCGGGAAGAAGGCUCAGAUGCUGAGGAGGACAACGGCGAGGCGGGAGAGAUGGAGGAGGACGACCACCACAUGGAGUUCUGCAGGGUUUGUAAAGACGGAGGAGAGCUGCUCUGCUGCGACUCGUGCCCCUCGUCCUACCACAUCCACUGCCUCAACCCACCGCUCCCCGAGAUCCCCAACGGAGAGUGGAUCUGCCCCCGCUGCACGUGUCCACCCAUGAAAGGGAAGGUUCAGAAGAUCUUGACCUGGCGAUGGGGAGACCCUCCUCCUCCCACACCGGUGCCCCGCCCUCCAGACCUCGCGCCCGAUGCCCCCGACCCCGCCCCGCUGGCCGGGCGCCCCGAGAGGGAGUUCUUCGCCAAAUGGUCCAACAUGUCGUACUGGCACUGCUCCUGGGUCACAGAGCUCCAGCUGGAGCUGCACUGCCAGGUGAUGUUCAGGAACUACCAGAGGAAGAACGACAUGGAUGAGCCACCGCCCAUCGACUUUGGCGACGGAGAGGAGGACAAGAGCGUAAAGAGGAAGAACAAGGACCCCAUGUAUGCUCAGCUGGAGGAGAAAUACCUCCGCUUUGGAAUCAAGAUGGAGUGGCUGAUGAUCCACCGCAUCCUCAACCACAGUGUGGACAGGAAGAAUAACGUCCACUACCUGAUCAAGUGGAGAGAGCUGCCGUACGACCAGGCCACCUGGGAGGCCGAGGACAUGGACGUACCUGAGUUUGACCCCUACAAAGUGCAGUAUUGGAACCACAGAGAGCUAAUGAUGGGAGAGGAGGGCAAACCUGGGAAGAAGAUCAAGGUGAAAGGAAGGGUGAAGCGGCCGGACAGACCUCCUGAGAACCCAGUGAUAGAUCCGACAAUAAAGUUUGAGCGUCAGCCUGAGUACUUGGACAGCACUGGGGGGACGCUGCAUCCCUACCAGCUGGAGGGACUCAACUGGCUCCGGUUCUCCUGGGCUCAGGGCACCGACACCAUCUUGGCCGACGAGAUGGGUUUGGGAAAGACGGUCCAGACCGCCGUCUUCCUCUACUCACUGUAUAAAGAGGGUCACUCCAAAGGGCCGUUCCUGGUCAGUGCCCCGCUGUCCACCAUCAUCAACUGGGAGAGAGAAUUUGAGAUGUGGGCACCCGACAUGUAUGUGGUGACGUAUGUUGGAGACAAGGACAGCAGAGCUGUCAUCAGAGAAAAUGAGUUCUCCUUUGAGGAUAAUGCCAUCCGAGGAGGGAAGAAGGCCUCCAGGAUGAAGAAAGAUUCGUCCAUCAAAUUCCACGUUCUGCUGACGUCCUACGAGCUGAUCACAAUCGACAUGGCCAUCCUGGGCUCCAUAGACUGGGCUUGUCUGGUGGUGGACGAGGCACACAGGCUGAAAAACAACCAGUCCAAGUUUUUCAGGGUGUUGAACAACUAUCCUCUGCAGCACAAACUGCUGCUGACUGGAACUCCACUACAGAACAACCUGGAGGAGCUUUUCCACUUGCUCAACUUCCUCACACCUGAAAGAUUCAGCAAGUUGGAGGUCUUUCUGGAGGAGUUUGCCGACAUCGCUAAGGAGGACCAGAUUAAGAAGCUACACGACAUGCUGGGUCCACACAUGCUCAGGAGGCUGAAGGCCGACGUCUUCAAGCACAUGCCCUCCAAGACCGAGCUCAUUGUCAGGGUAGAGCUCAGUCCAAUGCAGAAGAAAUACUACAAAUUCAUCCUGACGAAAAACUUUGAGGCCCUGAACACCAAAGGAGGCGGAAAUCAGGUUUCUUUGCUCAACGUCGUCAUGGAUCUUAAGAAAUGCUGCAACCACCCCUACCUCUUCCCUGCAGCUGCAAUGGAAGCUCCAAAGAUGCCCAAUGGGAUGUACGACGGAGCCGCUCUCACAAAGGCUGCUGGGAAACUGCUGUUACUGCAGAAGAUGAUGAGGAAGCUGAAGGAGGGGGGACACAGAGUGCUCGUUUUCUCCCAGAUGACCAAGAUGUUGGACUUGCUGGAGGACUUCCUGGAGAAUGAGGGCUACAAAUACGAGAGGAUUGACGGAGGAAUCACAGGAGGGAUGAGACAGGAAGCUAUUGAUCGUUUCAAUGCUCCUGGCGCCCAGCAGUUUGCCUUCCUGCUGUCGACGAGGGCAGGAGGUUUGGGUAUCAACCUGGCCACCGCCGACACCGUCAUCAUCUACGACUCAGACUGGAAUCCUCACAAUGAUAUCCAGGCUUUCAGCAGAGCUCAUCGUAUCGGUCAAAACAAGAAAGUGAUGAUUUAUCGCUUCGUUACAAAGGCAUCAGUGGAAGAGAGGAUUACACAGGUUGCCAAGAAAAAGAUGAUGCUGACUCACCUGGUGGUCCGACCUGGUCUCGGAUCCAAGACCGGCUCCAUGUCCAAACAGGAACUGGACGACAUCCUCAAGUUUGGAACAGAGGAGCUCUUCAAGGACGAGGGAGAAGGGGAGAACAAAGAGGAGGACAGCAGCAUCAUUCACUACGACGACAAGGCCAUUGACCGAUUGCUGGACAGGAACCAGGACGCCACAGACGACACGGAGCUGCAGAGCAUGAACGAAUACCUGAGCUCCUUCAAAGUGGCUCAAUAUGUGGUCAAAGACGAGGAGGAGGAGGAAGAGGAGGUGCAGCGGGAGAUUAUCAAGCAGGAGGAAAGUGUGGAUCCAGACUACUGGGAGAAGCUGCUGCGUCACCAUUACGAGCAGCAGCAGGAGGAUCUGGCCCGAAACCUGGGAAAAGGCAAACGUAUCCGCAAGCAGGUCAACUACAAUGACGGCUCACAAGAAGACAGAGCUGAUUGGCAGGACGACCAGUCGGACGGCCAGUCAGAUUACUCCGUGGCUUCAGAGGAGGGAGACGAGGACUUUGACGAAAGAACAGAAGCCAACUCUCGCAGGCCGAACAGGAAGGGCCUGAGGAAUGACAAAGACAAGCCGCUGCCCCCCCUGCUGGCCAGGGUGGGAGGCAACAUCGAGGUGUUGGGUUUCAACUCCCGGCAGAGGAAGGCCUUCCUGAACGCCGUGAUGCGUUAUGGCAUGCCUCCUCAAGAUGCCUUCACCACCCAGUGGCUGGUUCGAGACCUGCGAGGGAAGUCUGAGAAAGAGUUCAAAGCCUACGUCUCUCUGUUUAUGCGUCACCUGUGUGAGCCUGGAGCCGACGGGGCCGAGACCUUUGCUGACGGUGUCCCCAGAGAAGGGUUGUCACGGCAACACGUCCUCACCCGCAUCGGUGUUAUGUCCCUUAUUCGCAAAAAGGUUCAGGAGUUCGAGCACGUGAACGGUCAGUGGUCAAUGCCCUGGAUGGCCGAGUUGGAGGAAAACAAGAGGGCUGCAGCUCAGCCUGACUCUCCAGGAAAAACCCCGUCCACCGGCACCCCCGCCGACACACAACCCAACACACCCGCUCCAGUUGAUGACUCCUCAAAGAAUGACGAGGCAGCAAAGGACGGAGAGAAGGAGGUGAAGAAAGAAGGCGAGGCAGAGAAGAAUGGCAAAGAGCCGGUAAAAUCCAGCGAGGUAAUCGCCAUCCCAGAUGACGACGAGAAGAGUCCGACAGAGGAGCAGGAAAAGAAGAACGGGGAGGAGCCGAUGGAGACGGACAAACCAAGCAACGGCGAAGCAGAAGCAGUCAAAGAGAAGGAAGGCGAGAAGGAGACUGAGGGAGAGGCAGAGAAGAAGAGUGAAGAGGCAGCAGAAGAAACUAAGUCGCCCUCAGAGGCAAAGACUGAGGGGUCAGAGGUCAAACCUGAGGACCCAGAAGUCAAAGCAGAAGAAAAGAAGGAAGACAAGACAGAGAAAAUGGACACCACUCCUCCUGCAGAUGAAAAGAAAGAUCUGAAGGAGGAGAAGGAGGUUCAGAAGCCAGAGGAGGCGACCAAACUGCAGAAUGGAGACAGCAGCAAGGAGAGUGCGGCACCAGCCGCUGCUGCCACAGCGAGCGGACCCAGCGAGGAAAAGAAGAAGGCCAAGACCCGGUUCAUGUUUAACAUCGCUGACGGUGGAUUCACAGAGCUCCACUCUUUGUGGCAGAACGAGGAGCGUGCUGCCACGGUUACCAAGAAAACCAAUGAGAUCUGGCACCGUCGCCAUGACUACUGGCUGCUGGCUGGCAUCAUACAACACGGUUACGCCCGCUGGCAGGACAUCCAGAACGAUGUGAAGUUCGCCAUCCUCAACGAGCCUUUUAAAGGAGAGAUGAACAGAGGCAACUUCCUGGAAAUCAAGAACAAGUUCCUCGCCAGAAGAUUCAAGCUGUUGGAACAGGCACUUGUGAUCGAGGAGCAGCUGCGUCGUGCCGCCUACCUCAACAUGUCGGAGGACCCUUCCCACCCUUCCAUGGCCCUCAACACCCGCUUCAGCGAGGUCGAGUGUCUGGCCGAAUCCCACCAGCACCUCAGCAAAGAGUCCAUGUCGGGCAACAAACCGGCCAACGCCGUCCUGCACAAAGUGCUGAAGCAGUUGGAGGAGCUGCUGAGUGACAUGAAGGCAGAUGUCACCCGCCUCCCGGCAACCAUCGCCCGGAUACCGCCGGUUGCCGUGCGACUCCAGAUGUCUGAGAGGAACAUCCUGAGCCGCCUGGCAAGCCGAGGACCCGACACACAGGCACAGACACAACAGAUGUCGCAGCAGUAGACUGAAACUCGGCUCUUUACCUCGUCAACCACCCCCUGCCUCACCUCGACAUUCCUGAUUGGUGCACAGCAGAAUGACGGACAGCGCGCCCAAGCUUGAAGCCACGCCCAGUUCACUUUUUACCCCCCUUCCCUCCCCCCCCAAAAACAGACUUUACAGUUUUUCUGGAGGAGCAAAUCCCCUCCUGACUCCCCCGAGAAUGAGGCUGUGGACAGAAAAGCUAUUUUAUUUUUUUUCCUCCUUUUUUCAAUUUCUGUAUUAAUAUUAUUGAUAUAAUGUUAUUAUGAUGGUUUUUUGGGACCUAAAUAAAAAAAUGUAAUAAAGA